AUGUCGAAUGUAAAGGCCAUUUUCGACGCCGUUCAACUGGUGAAACCGGCUUUGGCUCUGUUUUCGGAUCAGGGUGGGGAUGAUGUUGGCGUGAAAAGGGUACGCAAAAAGGGCAGGUCAGAAUCGAGUAGAAUCCCACAUUGGCUGAACCUCUCGUCCGCCCACCAACCCGGCAAUACGAUGCUACCAACACAGGGAAGUGGUCGCAUUGAAAUUUUCUCUUUCUCAACUCUUGCCAUUCGUCAAGUUGCCCAGGCAACCAUUGGUACCGGAUUCAUACCGCUCUGUCUUAUCAUUAAACAAAUCAAUUUGACCAGCUACUUAUACCCAACUCUACCGCCAUCUUUUGAUACAUGCACCCCAGUCGGCAUUGCUUUCGUCGCCCAGCAUCUGCCCACAUGCCUCGUCUUGACCUGCACUCAUCGGAUUCUUGUCUUGGAUCCCGCCCAGCGGAUGGACGGUAGUCAAGCUGCAUCGGUAGGCCUUAGACGCUCGUGCUGUCGUCAACCUGAAGGCCCCGGCCCGGGAGCAAAGAGUGGACUGGGUGUGGCCAAGGCGAGGCGGCCAGAUACCAUAAACCAACUGGAGGCUGCGGAUAUCCGCCAACUGUCGACAACUGGAGGGGAAACGGAGGAUCUGGACACCCGCCUGAGCCCGGGCGGUCCGAGGCAAUCCAGCGCGUCUGCCCAGUUGGCCGGGACUCGAGCCCAACUCUUGGCUGUUGGAGUGCCCCACGUCGUAGGUAGGAUUUGCCGUCACAUGAAGGAAUUACGAAGCAGUCGAGAAUGGCGUCGCCAACCAGCAAAACUGUGCAAUCUUCGAGAGGUACACUCUGCCCGAAGGAUAAAGCACUGUUAA